AUUGGCCGUCUGGAGGGCUGCUCUAGAGUGGUGGGGAUUGCUGGCACAGAUGAAAAAUGCUCCAUUUUGGUCCAAGAAAUGGGGUUUGAUGCUGCUAUCAAUUACAAGAAGGGGAAUGUGGCGGAGCAGCUACGUGAACUCUGCCCAGGCGGUGUGGAUGUUUACUUUGACAAUGUUGGUGGAGACAUCAGUGAUACAGUAAUAAGUCAGAUGAAUCGGAACAGCCAUAUCAUCCUGUGUGGACAGAUUUCCCAGUAUAACAAAGAUGUGCCUUAUCCUCCUCUGCUGCCUCCUGACAUAGAAAAAAUACGGAAAGAAAAGAAUAUCACAAGGGAAAGAUUCUUAGUGUUGAACUAUAUGGACAAACAAGAAGCUAGUGUAUUACAACUCUGUCAGUGGAUCCAAGAGGGUAAACUGAAGGUCAGAGAGACUGUGGUAGAAGGCUUAGCAAACAUUGGUGCCGCUUUCCAGUCCAUGAUGAAUGGAGGCAAUAUUGGAAAACAGAUCGUUUCAGUUUCUAAGUAAAUGUUAUUGCUUCGGGAAAAAUAAUUGUAUUCUAUCUCUAACAAUGAGCAAGUUUUUACUUAUACUAAUUUCCAUUUUCUUAAAUAAACCAUCAAGUUGUUCUGUCUGUACUGAAAGCAGAGGUUGUGGGAUGCUAAGGCAGAACCUAUGCUAAUAAACUAAAUAGAACUGGAAA